AUGACCAAACCAACACCAUCAGCGCCGUCCAGCAACAGCAACAGUGCUCAACCACCAUCGUCAGGAAUAUAUCCCAACAUCCGAGAAGGAAUCAUUGAAUUGGUUGAGUCUAAACCACCUUCUUUGUUGAACAACCAAGGCAAGCCAUCAUCGUUACCAGCAUCAAAACCACCAAUUAAUAAUAAUAAGAAUAAUAACAACAAAAAUACCAAACCACACCAACAUGACUUUGAUUCUGACUCCGAUGAAGAAUCAUUGAUCGGAGGAAGCAAAAAAACUUCAUCUUCUGGUGGAGAACGAGUUACUCUAACAAAGCAAUACAUCUAUGAAUUUCAUCAGCAUAGACCGUGUAGAGAUUUCCUGUUUCUUCUCUUAUUUAUUGCUUUUUGCUUGGGCAUGAUCAUUAUUGCUUUUCAAGCGGUUGCAAAGCGACGUGAAUAUAUCAAUUCUUUAACCAACGGUUCAGAUGGUGAGAUGAAAAGAGAUUCUACAGCUGGAUACAAAGCAAGCAUAUUUGAUAUUAUUACCCAACAAGACACCCCAAACAAUAUCAAUGGCUUGGGCAGCUACUUUGCGCCAUCAUGGCGAGAAAUGACAAGACUUUUCUAUCCUACAGAUUUUCUUGGGCGAGUGUGUGGAGUUGAUUAUUCUUCUCAAGAUCACUCGGUUGAGUCAUUAGAAAUUGAAAAUAGAGCAACACUGUUUGCAGAUUCAUUGAUAAACAGAGAUUAUUGGAAAGAAGACUUAUCUUCUAGAAGAUAUUUGUGGGUUGUCAACGAGAAGGAGCUGUUCUCUUCUCUCGAAAGUGCCAAUUUUCACUCAUUUAAUGCAAGCACAGAAUUAUUCGAAAAUUGGAUUAAAUUUGGGGGUGUUUGUGUUGAGAGCUGUCCGAGUGGAGUGACCACUCUCAAUAACGUGAGAUAUCACAAGAACAACAAUAAUGAACCUACCGAAAUCCAAGACGAAUUUUCAGGACAAUCAUCAGAAAGCGCUUCCCUCAUUUCUGAUCAAUGUCCUCCUUCUCUUAGGCAAACAACUGUAGAAAAGGUGACACAACAAGUCCAAGCAGGUAAUACAACAACAGAAAAGGUUGUAUUUGUCAAGAAAGAAAUAUGUGCAUCGAAAAGAUAUUUCUUUUCAAAUGACGGAAAACCAGAAGCCAAGUUUUUUGAGGUGACUACAGAACGAGAACAUUUAUCUCUAAUGGGACGUUGCAUUCCAUUGUUGAAAACGAAUAAGGUACCAGCUGACACAACACCAGCUGACAUUCAACAAUUAUAUGCCCAGCAAAAAGAGACAAUAGCUAGUUUAAUGCAACACAUUUCUUCGCUCUCUCCAGUAUCAUAUUUCAGUAAUACUAUCUCGCCAUAUCUUGAAAAUUUACCAACUCUAUCAACGAUUGAAAAAACUAUUGAUAUCAAGCAAGUGUCUGGAUUGGUGCCUUCUUUUUUAGAAAAAUUUAUGGUACAAAGUAUCAUGACACUUUAUAACAGUUGGAAAAUUGUCCUUAUAGCCAUUGCAAUCACUGCUGGUAUAUCCUUUAUAUGUGUUGUGCUGUUACGAGUUUUAGCGAAACCUUUAAUUUAUGGAACGGUAGGCCUAUUAAUGAUUGGAUGGUUUUCACUUUCAAUCACACUUUUGGUGGAAGGUGCUUCUGAUCUACACUUCCAAUCAACUUCUGGUUCCAAGACAGAACAGCUUGUUUCAUAUCUUUCUGACCUAUCGUGGGAGAAAAGCCUCUAUAUUGCCACUGGAGUAUUACUUUUAUUAACGAACCUAUUAUUUACGUUUUUAUUUUGGACAAAUUGGAGAAAAACUCUGUCUAGAGCAGUUUCAAUCAUCAGUGAGAGCGCUAUGAUUAUCACUACAGUACCACAAAUGUUCUCCCUAUUCCCCAUUGUGAUAUUCAUUAUUGGACUGGUAUUUUGCGUUUGGUGGUUCUUUGUUGUAGCACUCUUGUUUACUAAUGAGUUAACAAGCGCUGGUAUUGUUGACGCAUCAUCCUUGGCUUCGAAAUUGACCAAGACUGUGGUUACUGCAAAUGAUGGAGCCACUGUUUCAGAGAAAAUUCAAUCUCUAUCUAAUCCAACAACCUUUAUUCUCACGCUUCAGUCACACCUACUGAAAGGCUGGUUUGCAUACUUUGUGUUUGGAUUUUUUUGGGUUUCUCAAUUCCUUUUGAGUUUUGUCACCAUUGUUGUAGCAAGAGUGACAUCUCAAUUUUAUUUUAAAUUUGGAAAUGUUUCAGGAACCAUAACACGAGCACGUAGAGGCGAGUCAUCGGCUGUUCUGGAUAAUUUUGAAAAAACACUCAUGUGCUUAAAACUACCUGUAUCCCAAGCCAGUUUAUUCGUUAUGUUUUACAAUGCUGGAAGCGUGGCUCUUGCGUCAUUAUUUGUUGGGUUGGUGAAAUAUUUAAUUCUAGUAAUUAAGACCACUCUAUCUGUCAUGGGGUAUCAACAGGAGAAAGCUUCAAUCUCUGAUCAAGUUCAAAAUCAAUUCGCAGUAUUGAGGAUCAUUAAUUACGUGAGAAACAAUUUUCUCACACGAUUUGUUCAGCGAAUUCUCUUUUCCUUGCUUCGCAUGCUUGAAAAAUUUAUGGAGUUCUUUGCUAGAAAUGCCUUAAUUCAUUGUGCUAUUUUCGGUACAUCAUUCUUCCAUUCAAGUUUGAGUGCAACCAAAUUAAUGAGGAAAAAUAUUACUGUGAUUGCUGUAUUGGAAUGGAUUACAGAUUGGAUCAUGUUUUGCAUGAAAAUGGUAAUCGCAGUGAUCAGUGUAUGUGUGGCCUAUACAGUUAUUCAUUCUCAAGACGCAUCUAUUGGAGAAUUAAGCCAAAUUGUUGGAAAACUCUCCUCUGCAUACAACGAACAGGGCCAGUAUGGUCUUUUUGAGAUGGUAUUUGGAGGAAAAGAAUGGCUGGACGUUAAUCGUAGCUUUUUAUUGCUUAUCUUUGUAUUUUCAUUAAGUUUAUUCGUGAGCUCCUUGUUUAUUACUAUUUUCCAGACAGUUAUUGACACAGUUCUUCAGUGUUAUUUAAUCGAUUUGGAAAUGUACAGAAAGAGUGGAGCUUAUGGUGACAAUAAUUCAAGAAUUAGUAGUGCUGAAAUGAUACAGCUCAUGGAAAAAGAAAAGGAAAAGAAUUAUAUGUGGCUUGAAGAAGAUAACAUGUAA